AUGACGGAGACAACUGAUCGCAAUGAAAAACGUCAAAUUUUAUAUGACGAAGGCUGGUCCGUUAUUUAUGGUGAUCUUAUUAACGAAUGGGAUCUAAUCACUGGCAUUGCGUCUAUUCCUUUCAGCGCUACUGGUGCCUGGUUUUCCGAGCAGCUUCAAGCUCAAUUGUUAAAAUUUCAACGGAGUCUACGUGACGUCUCUGAUGAUAUCGUCGAACAGGCGAGAGACUACCUGAAAGAUCUAUUGCAACGCAAAAGUAUCGGUGAAGCAGAGUUUAAUGGUUUAGGGGUCAAAGUUGGAAUCCUCACGUAUCAUCGUAGGCUGGAAGCCUUGGGGGGAUGGACAAAACUGCCUGAUAAUUAUCAACCGUAUAUGGCUCUACGCAUUACCAAGCCUUUGUCGCCCAAAGAGCCACCCAUAACCGAAGAAGCCAAGGGCCGACCCACACCGCUCGGCCGCAAUCUUGGCUCCCGCCUCAAAACAAAUGGUCAGACGAUGUUUGAAGGUGAUUAUCUCCAAUCUGAUAACGGUAAUUACCGAUUCAUCUGUCAAGGUGAUGGGAACGUCGUUUUGUAUGGGCCCGGAAAUACGGUUGUCUGGCAGUCAUACACCGACGGGAGAGGUUAUCCACCUUUUCGCAUUGUCGCGCAGGCGGACCGCAAUAUCGUUCAAUAUGACAGAAACAAUAUACCGUCUUGGAGAACAGGAACCGCCAUGACGGGAUCUGACCUUUCUGAAUGUGUUCUUAUCCUUCAAGAUGAUCGGAAUUUGGUUUUGUAUGACCCCGCGGACCAUUGGAAGGCCUUAUGGAACACUAAAACAGCAGUAUAA